AAAAUCAUCUGCUUCCCCUUUUCCCUACAAAUUCUCUCUCCAAUUACAGUGGUCAAAAAAUGGAAUCAACGGAGGGAGAAUUCACGGUGACGGUGACAAAAAACGAAGUGGUGGCGGCACUGCUGCCGUUCCAAGAGCAUUGGCUGCCACUCACCAACCUAGACCUGCUUCUGCCGCCGCUGGACUUCGGCGUUUUCUUCUGCUACAAGAAACCAGUCUCCGCCGGCUGCUGCAUGGUUAGUGCUCUGAAGAAGGCGUUGGCGGAAGCUCUUCUCCCUUACUACGCGUUGGCCGGCGAGGUGGUCCUAAACGCCAUGGGGGAGCCCGAGCUUCUGUGUAACAACCGAGGCGUGGAUUUCGUGGAGGCUUAUGCAGAUAUUGAGCUUCGAAAUCUCAACUUUCAUAAACCUGACCAGACCGUUCAAGGUAAACUGGUACCCAAGAAGAGACGUGGUGUGCUGUCAGUUCAGGCAACAGAACUUAGAUGUGGUGAUGUAGUGGUUGGAUGCUCAUUUGAUCAUCGAGUAUGUGAUGCAUACACAGCCAACAUGUUCCUUGUGUCAUGGGCUGAACUGGCUCGGUCGAGACCGGUUUCAAUGGUGCCAAGCUUUCGUCGAUCGUCGUUGAAUCCGAGACGACCAGGGUGCAUCGACCCUUCCUUGGACGACAUGUAUGUGUUGAUACCCUCCUUGCCUCCUCCUGAAGAAAACAAUGAACCUACUGAUCAUCUCGUAAGUCGAAUCUAUUAUAUCAAUGCCGAACAACUUAAUGAGCUUCAGUCACUUGCCUCCUCCGAUGGCGACAAAAGGACUAAACUCGAGUCAUUUAGUGCAUUUUUGUGGAAGAUGUUGGCAACUUACACUGCCGAUGAAGAUCGAAACAAGAUAUCAAAAAUGGGGAUCGUGGUGGAUGGGAGGGCAAGGUUAGGCGAAGGAGAUCAAGACAAGGCCACGGCCAUGGGAUGUCACUUUGGAAAUGUGCUAUCCAUUCCGUACGGAUCCCAAACGAUCGGUGAACUAAGUGAAAAGCCUUUAUGUUGGGCGGCAAAACAAGUUCACGAGUUUCUAAAACCCGCAACGACCAAGGAGCAUUUCCUGGGACUAAUCGAUUGGGUCGAAGCUCACCGUCCUGAGCCUGCAAUGACAAGGGUGUACAACGUUGUGAAGGAUGAUGGGCCGGCAUUGGUGGUGUCGUCGGGGCUUCGGUUCCCGGUUUCGAAGGUGGAUUUCGGAUGGGGGUGUCCUGCUUUCGGGUCAUACCAUUUCCCGUGGGGUGGUGUUUGUGGAUACGUUAUGCCGAUGCCUAGUAGAGUGAGAGAGGGUGAUUGGGUGGUCUACAUGUUGCUAUUGGAAGGGCAGUUGGAGCAAAUAGAAAAAGAGGCUGCCAAUGUGUUUAGGCCCUUCACCUUUGAUUACGUCGAUCUCUAAGUUUCAUGUUUUUCCAGUCUGGGUAAGAAAGAAAGAAAACAUUAAUUUUAAUGGUGUUGCGUAUACUAUGUAUACAAGCAUAACCUCAUGUGCUUGUUGUAUUUUGUUAU